CGCGCCGCCCCCCACGGGCCGCAGCCCAGCGGCAGCAGCGGCAGGGACAGCGGCGACAGGAGGAGAGGGAGGAGGAGGAGGAGUGGGGGAGGAAGGGGAGGAGGAGGAGGGAGAAGAUGGCGGACGAUCCCAGCGCUGCCGACCGCAACGUGGAGAUCUGGAAGAUCAAGAAGCUCAUCAAGAGCCUGGAGGCGGCCCGAGGCAAUGGUACCAGCAUGAUAUCGUUGAUCAUUCCUCCCAAAGACCAGAUUUCGCGAGUGGCAAAAAUGUUAGCAGAUGAGUUUGGCACCGCUUCCAACAUUAAGUCUCGAGUGAAUCGCCUUUCAGUACUGGGAGCCAUUACAUCUGUACAGCAAAGACUGAAACUCUAUAACAAAGUACCUCCAAAUGGUCUGGUUGUUUACUGUGGAACAAUUGUGACAGAAGAAGGAAAAGAGAAGAAAGUCAACAUCGACUUUGAACCUUUCAAACCAAUCAAUACGUCGUUGUACUUGUGUGACAACAAAUUCCACACGGAGGCUCUUACAGCGCUGCUCUCUGAUGACAGCAAGUUUGGCUUUAUUGUAAUAGAUGGUAGCGGUGCACUCUUCGGAACUCUUCAAGGAAACACGCGAGAAGUCCUGCACAAAUUCACUGUGGAUCUUCCAAAGAAGCAUGGUAGAGGAGGACAGUCUGCCUUGCGUUUCGCUCGUUUGAGAAUGGAGAAACGACACAACUAUGUAAGGAAGGUAGCGGAGACGGCUGUGCAACUCUUCAUUUCUGGUGACAAGGUGAACGUGGCUGGUCUCGUUUUAGCUGGCUCAGCGGACUUCAAAACUGAACUAAGUCAAUCUGACAUGUUUGAUCAGCGGUUGCAAUCCAAAGUGCUCAAACUAGUUGACAUUUCAUAUGGAGGAGAAAAUGGAUUCAAUCAAGCGAUUGAAUUGUCAACCGAGGUCCUCUCCAAUGUGAAAUUCAUUCAAGAGAAGAAACUAAUAGGACGAUACUUUGACGAAAUCAGUCAGGACACAGGGAAAUACUGUUUUGGCGUUGAAGAUACACUAAAAGCUUUGGAAAUGGGAGCAGUAGAGAUACUGAUAGUCUAUGAAAAUCUGGAUAUAAUGAGAUAUGUUCUGCACUGCCAAGGCACGGAGGAGGAGAAGAUUCUGUAUUUGACACCGGAGCAAGAGAAGGAUAAAUCUCACUUCACAGAUAAAGAGACGGGCCAGGAACACGAACUGAUAGAAAGUAUGCCCCUUCUGGAGUGGUUUGCUAACAACUACAAGAAAUUUGGAGCAACAUUGGAAAUUGUUACAGACAAAUCACAGGAAGGAUCCCAAUUUGUGAAAGGAUUUGGAGGAAUUGGAGGUAUCUUGCGGUACCGAGUGGACUUCCAGGGAAUGGAAUACCAAGGAGGAGACGAUGAAUUUUUUGACCUUGAUGACUACUAGGUAGUCGCCCUGGGUCUGGCAAAAUGUGCCUCGCCCCUCCAGCAUCCAACCCAAGGAGCAAACUCAUGGUGGAAAACACAACAGAUCCCUGCCUUAGAAUUGGAACAUUUCCAGAACUUGAUCCGCAAGCAUUGGAUUUAAAAAAGCGAAACCCUACACUUUGAUUUGUCAUAGUGUCAGUACAGCAGCAAACUACUAAGUUCCUCUAUGCCACUUUGGACUAAUUUAAAAAGAAUCCCAAUUUUUACUUUUACUCAAUGGUGAAAUUGGUUGCUCUUGUAUUUUAUGAAAAUGAUUUUUUUAACCUUCAUGAUACAUUAACUGCU